AGUCUUAUUAAUCCUUUUUCUGUUUUCUCCAGAGAAACUCUGUAAAUUAUACCUAUCAACCAACUAAACUCUGAAUUUUGGGGGAGAUGGGGCACAGGGAACAUUUUUAUCCCCAAUAAAUGAUGAAUUAACUAUUAAUGAUGACAAAUAAAUAAUGGAUUAACUAUUCUAUAUCUAGUCGUUAUGCGUAUUACCAUUUCAACAGCUUACGGAGCAUUUUCACUUAGCUGCAAUCGCUUUAGUUCUUUGUGUUCUUCCUGUCUUUAGCCCCCGAGGACGACUCACUGCUGUUGCUUCGAGCAGAGCUGUGCUUAAUGGUGAAGAACUAUGAACAAGCUCUGCAGGAUACUGAUAUAGUUUGCCGGAAGGAGCCUCUCCUGACUAAGGGACAUCACCUAAAAGCCCAGGCUCUGGCUGGAUUGGGAAGAAGCAAGGAAGUGCUGAAGGAAUUUAUCUAUUGUCUUGCUUUAAAUCCUGAAUGUAACUCGGCGAAGAAAGAAACACAGAAGGUAAUAUGUGAGGUGUUUUUUCCACCUUCAGAAGAAAACACGAAUCAAAAUUCAUCAUCGUCCACCAAUGGCAGAUUGAAAGCUCACUGUGAUGGCCAGACAAACACCCAGGCAGAAGAAGACGACGACCCUGGGAGUCCUGAGAACUCAUCUGAGAGAGUUGAUAUGUUUAGAAAUACCAAUUCUUCGGUUUUAUAUUUUAUACUGGGACUGCACUUUGAAGAGGAUAAAAAAGCAUUAGAGAACGUUAUCCCAGUAGCACCCAGCACUGGUGUGAAGAGACGUCUGCCCGUCGACAUAGACGAUGCCCCUGGGAAAAUCCCCAGGAAAGAUGCAGAUAUCCCACCUCAGAGGACGGUGAUCUCUAAGCUGGGAGGAGAUACUGACGACUUCCUCAUUGAUGUGACUGACUUUGAGUGUGCCCUCUGCAUGAGGCUGCUCUUUGAGCCUGUCACCACACCUUGUGGACAUACGUUCUGCCUGAAAUGCCUCGAGCGCUGCCUGGACCACGCGCCGCACUGCCCACUGUGCAAGGACAAGCUCUCUGAGUUGUUGGCAACCAGAAAUUUUAAUAUAACUAUACUGGCCGAAGAAUUGAUAUUUCAGUAUUUGCAAGAAGAGCUGUCUGACAGAAAGAGAAUUUAUGAUGAAGAAAUGUCAGAACUGUCCAAUCUGACCAGAGACGUGCCCAUCUUUGUGUGUGCCAUGGCCUUCCCCACGGUGCCCUGUCCCCUCCACGUCUUCGAGCCCCGCUAUCGGCUCAUGAUACGAAGAUGCAUGGAAACUGGCACCAAGCGAUUUGGCAUGUGUUUAUCGGCUGAACACGCGGGGAUCUCAGAGUAUGGCUGCAUGUUGGAGAUUAAGGAUGUGAGAACGUUCCCUGAUGGGAGCUCUGUUGUGGAUGCCAUUGGAAUCAGUCGGUUCCGAGUUCUGAGCCACCGCCACCGAGACGGCUAUAACACAGCCGACAUCGAGUAUCUGGAAGAUGAAAAGGUGGAAGGUCCAGAGUAUGAAGAACUUACCACUCUCCACGAUUCUGUGUAUCAGCAGUCUGUGUCCUGGUUCAGUUCUCUCCAGGAUCACAUGAAAGAACAAAUUUUAAGUCAUUUUGGGGGAAUGCCAGACAGGGAGCCUGAGCCCCAGAGCAAUCCUAGCGGCCCUGCCUGGUCCUGGUGGAUCCUGGCAGUACUGCCGCUGGAGCGCAAGGCUCAGCUGGCCAUCCUUGGCAUGACCUCGCUGAAAGAACGGCUGCUUGCUAUCCGACGCAUCCUGGUCAUCAUCACGCGGAAGAUGAAUAAUCGCCAAGAGGCGGCGCCCAACAAGGAGAAAAAUAACUGAUUUUCUCCCUCUGUCCUGAUUGCUGGAAGCCCCUGUACAAUUGUCCAUGAGUGCCGGACAUGGACAAGUACCCAUCAUUUAUUGUGCUCUGUAAAAUGUUCAUUGAAAAAAGUUACCAAAAGCUAUCACACUUACCAAACACUUAAUACUCUCUCACACUUGCCAAGUUUGUGCCUGGUGGAAUCUGUUGCUCUACAAGGUUAGCCUGAAGUUCAGAUGGAGCCCAGGGUUGGAAAACCUAAGAGAAUCACUUAGAAGCAGAUGUUUGAGGAGGCCACGGGCGGCAUGGGACAGCCCAGAGGGCAGGUGUGGCUUAGCGUCCACAAGGAAGGAGAAGCUGUUCCAGUCAGUAUCUCACUCUGCUAAGUGGGAACAUGCAUGUGUCUGUGGCCAGACAACAGGAGGAAACAGACUGUUAGAUAGAACACAGGCUGACCAAAGAUGCACUUAGGCUUUAUGUGUUGCUGUAAAGUUGUCUGUGAACUUAAGGAAUCAAACCCUUGUCUAGUGCAGGAGCUAAAAUGAAUCCUCACCCAAAAAGUAGCAAUUACUGGAUAGAACUGUGUUUACUGUCCUGUUUUAGUCCCAGGUGUUGUAAAUUGCAUGUUGUAUUCAUUAACAAUGUCAAAAUACAAUAUGUUUCGUGGAUAAUAGCAAAGUUGGAGAAUAGUAUAGUGAACUUGAGACUAUAUUUACACACUGAAUAAACAGUGAGCAAAAGUGAGUUAAAACUAUAAAUGCAUUGGGAAGGCAAACAUGCAGCCAGACUAGUACAAGGAAGCCUUGGAAGUAUAACUGUGUCACCGACUGAUUGCUUACUAAACAUUGAGGCCAGUCCUCUUUUCUGCCAAGAUUUUCAUGAGAAAUCAGGCUUAUCAGUACAUCUUAUGCUACUAUCCUCCCACUAAUAUGUGAAGACGUUAAAAAGCUAUCGUGAAAUGAUAAAAAAAAACCAACAACAACUGUCUAUUCUGGGGGAAAACACCAGAAUAAGCAAGAAUAGGUGAUUGAUAUAGAGUUUAAAUAUUCAGCUUUCUCCAAUACCAAACUAAAACAGAUCAUUUUUUUAAACAAAGUUUUAUGUUUAUGAGACCAGGAAUUGUCAGAUAAGGAACAACAGGUGUACCUCCCAGCCUGUGAUGUGUGCUGGUAAUGCUGAUUGGUAUAACUGUGUGACUGAGAUGUGCUCACCGCCCUCACCAGGUGCUGAGAGUUUCUUCUUAGUUUGCGAGGUGGGCAUCCUUAACUGAAGGACGGUGAGAACUCAUGAGCACAUCACAAUCACAAGCUUUGCCCUCUUCACUCAAGGUAUGUGAUCUUCAAGUUUUAAAACAUGUUAUUUCAUCAUAGAAAAUAUUGAUGGGCUAUGAUCCCAUAGAGCAUUUUUGUUUGAAAGACCUUAUGAUAUUUAUAAUUUGAUGUAUUGUAGGAUUUUUUUCAGCAGUUUAAACUCAAGUUAGGUCAUGGUAGUUAGAAAAUACAUUAGUGAAGCUUAACUGUACAGCAGAAAAUUUAGAAGUAUUUGUUGACUCAAUGUUUCAAGUACUUAAAAGUAGUAUUUUCUUAAGCCAUGUAACCUAAUUAAUCUGACCACUUAAAAAACAAAACUGCUUUUCAUGUGCAGAAGGCCUUUACUAGAAGCAAUUCCUAGAAAUUAGUAGACAUUAGCCACUCUUCUCUAGAAUUUAUUUUAUAUCUUAAUAACAUAUGAAGAAUUGUAGCUUAGGUACCAGCGGCUCAUGCCUGUAAUCCUAGAGCUACUUGAGAGACUGAGAAGGAGGUCUGCUCUUCAAGGCCAGCCUGGGGAGAAAUAUCCCCUGGGCAGGGUUCCUGACAGCUGGACUGGGUAGAUGAGGGGUUUGGGAAGGGGGGCUCUUGUGUGCCCCCAUCCUCUGCUAUGUAAGGAUUGACAAGCAAAGGGGAGAGAAGGAUCGGAUGGAGUCUACUCAUAACCUGACCGACGGAACCGUAACCUCUCUGUACAACUACUUAAUAAUAGUAGUAUGCAUUUUUUAAAAGAUUUUUCUAGUCAGGAAGACUCCCAACAUAUCAAAAUACCAAAAAUUAUAAAAGCAUGAUUAUUUCAUACUCAUUCUAGCAUUUCUAGAGAUUUAUUUUCUUAAAUUGAUUGACUUUUUCUUUACAAAGGACAAUUGAAGAUUUUUUUUAUAAGUUGAGUUUAACCAAGUUGAUUUCAGCAAGAAAUAGGUUCUAGAACCAGGCAGACUUUUAAAGGCUCUUAGUUUUACUUCCUGGUCCCAAACGAUUUGGGUAGGUCUUUAUUUCUUUAGGUUCCUUCCAGUUUUGUUUCUGUCAUAAACUUUCAAAUUUCCCUAGGUCCCAAUAUCAUGUGAGUAAAUUGGGAAAGCUUAGGACAUCCUGGAUUCGAAACUCCUUGGUAAAUUCUUUUUAGAAUUCCUCUUUCAGACUGGGAAGUUUCUCCAGUGUGUCUCAGCUUUGCCCUAGACCGGGGGCAGGGGACACUGGCCGGCGGGUCACAGGAGGCCCCUGGACUUUGGUACCUGAUGGGACAGCCAUGGAGGGGUUUUUAUUCUCAUCAGCUGCUACCAGUCGUCUGCCUGUAUUGAUGAUUUUUAUGCCUUCUAAUGAUGUUAUAAAUCUCCAAAUGGCCUUGACAGAAAAAAAGCAAAAUUCCCCAUCUCUGCCUUAGACCAUGGAAAAAGCAGUUAAGAACAGCAGGUUUGGUCAAAGGCCUCACUUUGUUAUAAGGCAUAUGUUUAACUUCCUGUUUUUAAUUGUUGUUAAAUUCUCCUCCUGAGGGGGAGGCAGCUGGGUUUAUCAUGGUCAGUGGCCUCAGUAUUUAGGAAAGACAGAUGGAAACUAGGAAACUAGUCUGUUACUUGGCUUUUUCUGAAGAAUCUUUCAAGGAAAUAAUUUUUGAUUCGUGUAGUCUUUUGGAUGCUUCUAUGUACCAGUUAAAGAGUGCACCCCACUAGUCUGGUGGGGGUGUUUGUUGUUCUAUGUAUAGCAAGUAAACAAUUCUGUCCAAAUAAGAACUUCCCAGUGUAACACUGGUGUUUCCUAGUUGAUAAUUUUCCUAAAAUAUGCAUGUUUGUGCCCAUAAUUCUGAUACAUAAACCUAGCUGGAGUUCUAAAGUCUGGAUUGUGAUGAACCCCUCAUCAAAAAUAAAGAUUUGAGGCCGGG